AUUUAAAUAUGCUUCAAUGUUAUCUACGUUCGUAUUUGCCUCGAUGUUUCGGACUUGUUUUAACGUCUAUGAUCCUGUGUGUGAACAAUCGUGUGUGUGUGUGAACAUUCAAAAAAAUUAAAAUUGCAUAAAAUUUGCCAGGACUUCAUUCUGCGAAUUUGCCUCGAUAUUUCGAAUUUAUAUUAUCAUACGAGUAACACGACUCCGAAACGUUAUGUGAAACAUAUGAACGCUUAAAUCUAAAUCAAAAUAAAGAAAUCCAAAGAUAUGUCAAUCACUACUAUAUCGUUGCUUCUCAUAGUGACCAGCGUACCAGCAAAUUCAUUAAUACCCGAAGAUGCGCGUCUUAAUUUUACCGAACUGAGUAUAAAAUACGGCCACAGCGCAGAAGAGCACAGAGUGACCACAGCAGAUGGCUACAUACUCACUCUAUUCCGUAUCCCAGGGAAGAAACCCCCAGUUUUAUUACUUCACGGAUUAAUCGACUGUUCAGACACAUUUAUUAUAAGAGGCAAUAGCUCUUUAGCUAUAACAUUGGCUAAUAAAGGCUAUGACACAUGGGCUGCGAAUACAAGAGGCAACAAAUACGCUAGACAACAUACCAAACUAAACCCAGACACAGACCUAACAUUUUGGGACUACAGUUUUCACGAUCACGGAUACUACGAUCUCCCCGCUAUUAUAGAUUACAUUUUAAACGCAACUGGACACAAGACUCUUAAAAGCAUCGGACAUUCUGAGGGAACGACAGAUCACUUCGUAUUAGGAUCCCUUAGACCUGAAUACAACGAGAAAAUCCAAAUCUUUAUAGCGAUGGCGCCCUCGGUGUUUUUUAAACAUUUGACGCCCCCACUGUCUUUGAUAAUUGGAAUGGGUCCUUUAUUAGAUCAAGUUUCACGGCCGUUUGAAAUUGAAGAGUUAUUUCGCGAAGGAAGUAUUGAGAAAAUUGCGUUUGAAGAAAUCUGUAACCGAAAUGCUGUUUUUUGUCGUGAGCUUUUAUUUCAAGUUGGGGGACACGAUCCUAAACGGUUAGAACGAGACUUUUUGUCUGUAUUAUUUGGACAUUUUCCUACAUCGGGAUCGAGAAAAGGUCUUAUUCAUUAUAACCAGCUAGGUCUAAGAAAGCGCUUUGGCUUAUUCGACUAUGGCGCUGCAAGCAAUUUAAAACGCUACAGACAGACUGAACCACCCGAUUACAAUCUUACACAAUUCUCUAUGAAAACAGCACUUUUUGCCGGAAAUAAUGACCUUAUCUGUGAUGUUAAGGAUGUGGAAUAUCUUCGAACAGUUCUUCCAAACGUGGUGGAAUAUCAUUUAAUGGACUCGAAAAGAUGGAACCAUUAUGAUUUCGUUUGGGGUAAUGACAUGCAAAAGACUUUGUAUCCUUACAUUUUAAAAUUGUUAGAGAAAUUUUAAAAAUCUUUACUAAAUAAAAAGUGAUUUUACAAGUUCUUUUUUUAUUGAAUUAUAUAUAGAACUAUUCCUCCACCCCUAAGAGGUUUAACUUGACUAUUGACUAUUGGACAUCCACACAUAAGAGGCUGUCAACACCCAAUGUCCUUGAAAUUGAUGUUACUUAAACAGUUUUUUAAGAAAGACUAUUUGUUUUAGUCAAGUAAGUAAAAUAUAUGUUCAUAUUAAUUAUAUUUCAAAGACCGUGGUCGUACUCGAUACACGAUUGAACGAAAUCGGCUCGAUAGAAAAUAAUUGUAAAGAUUGGUCUUAAAAUCACAAUUAAACGGUUUUAUGUCUUUAUUGUUUUGACUUAUGGGUCUGCAAUUAAAAUCACAAUUUCAAAACAUUUAUAUCUAAACCUUGGUCGAGUUAAAUAUUACACUAAUAAUCCACUUUUUUUAAUUUAAAUAUUUUUCUUAUUAUUCCCUUGCCCAGGCCCAGUAACAUGCGACAGUGCUAUCUCAUUUACUCCGAUACAAAUAGACAGUGUGCGCGCUUUAGGUAUUGACAGCCUCUUAACAGACUUUUGGUCCCUAGACUUUAUGAGAUUGCAAUAAGGUUUACGAAUGAUCACAUUACUUUAUCGUCGAUAGUAAUUAUUAGUGACGAUGUCACGAGCUGUGAUGUCAAGAAAGUCGAAUCGACUCGCUCCAUAUCUGUAACGUAACAUUUGUAACUGACAUUGCCACUGCCUACUUGACAUUCAGAGGCAAGCAUCGAGCAAGCUUAUGUAAGCAUAUAGCGUAGAUUGGACAUCUUUUUCUUUCAUAUUUUAGUAAGUAUUUGCCUUUAAUAUGACGUCACUAUAAGCUACCUUUAUGUGCCACACGGACCAAAGUUUUUUUUGCACCUUGUGCUCUCGUGCCUUAGAGUCCCUAGUUACGCAUAAGGUUUUUUUUAUUUGAAUCACUCGCCCUUAGAGCUCCUAACUAAGCUUAGGGUUUUUUUAUAAAAAUAACUCGUCUUUGUAGUCCCGUCCUACGCUCAAGGUUUUUAGUUAGAAUCACUCGCUACACUUGGACUCAAAAUCGGCACACGCACCAAAAACUAACUAAAGGGCUCAUUAAGACGUUACCAGAACUCACAUGCGAGUUUCUUUACAUUGCGGUAUUUGACCGGUCGGCCGAAUUGGUUGUAACCUCAAUAGUCCGCAAUGUAACUAAAAUAGCACACGAGUUCGUUCGCCGUCU